UUACGCAAAAAUAACCCCAAAAAAAAAAAAAAAAAAACUCUCUUUGACACCUACAACUACUCCUUCACGUUUCCUCCUUUUUCAUCUGUCUAUCUAACCUUCCUAUUUUAACUCCUUUUCUAUUCUCAGAAACCCUAACCAUCUCCUCACCUCGCGUAUCUUUCAACAACCAUGUCGAGUAUGGAGGAGCCGCUUGGUUUUGAUAAGUUGCCUAGUAUGAGGACUAUUGAUAGGAUUCAGAGGUUUUCGGCUACUGCUUGCCGGCCUAGUGGGGAGGAAAUGGGAAUGGGAAAUUGCUGGAUUGAAGGAAUGAGUUGCAGCACCUCCAAUCAUUAUGAUGAAGAUCAUGAUGAAUAUACAUGGGAGGCAUUCCCAUGGCAAAGGCAUACCAGAGACAUGUCCCAGGGUGAAACUUUCUAUCGAAGGACAAAAAGCUUGGGAAGAAAUCAUAUGAUGUUUGGAAACACUCAUGAGAAGUACAAUUCCAAGUGUAAUGACAAAGACAUACGAAAUAUAACAAAUAAGUUUUGGAAGGGCAUACCAAGGUUUGUAAAGAUAGUAGAAGUGGGUGCUAGGGAUGGGUUGCAAAAUGAGAAGGCUACUGUACCUACCUCUGUAAAGGUGGAACUGAUUCAUAGGCUAGUGUCUUGUGGGUUGUCUGUUGUCGAGGCUACAAGUUUUGUAUCUCCAAAAUGGGUUCCUCAGUUAGCAGAUGCAAAGGAUGUAAUGGAGGGAGUUCGCAAUUUGGAGGGAGCUAGAUUGCCCGUUCUCACCCCUAAUAUGAAAGGCUUUCAAGCUGCUGUUGCAGCUGGUGCUAAGGAAAUUGCAGUUUUUGCAUCAGCUUCUGAGGCAUUUUCAAAGUCAAACAUUAAUUGCAGCAUUGAGGAGAGUCUAACUCGUUAUCGUGCAGUUACUCAAGCGGCUAAAGAACUCUCAAUACCCGUUCGUGGGUAUGUAUCUUGUGUUGUCGGAUGUCCAGUGGAAGGAGAGAUUCCUCCAUCCAAAGUGGCAUAUGUGGCAAAAGCACUUCAUGAUAUGGGUUGCUUUGAGAUCUCCCUUGGUGAUACAAUUGGAGUUGGUACACCGGGUACUGUUGUUCCGAUGCUCGAAGCUGUUAUGGCUGUUGUUCCUGUUGAGAAGCUUGCUGUUCACUUCCACGACACCUAUGGACAAUCUCUUUCCAACAUUUUAAUAUCACUUCAAAUGGGGAUUAGCAUUGUGGAUUCCUCUGUUGCGGGUUUAGGUGGGUGUCCAUAUGCAAAAGGCGCUUCUGGGAAUGUAGCUACUGAAGAUGUGAUAUAUAUGCUUCACGGGCUCGGUGUACAAACCAACGUGGAUCUGACAAAGCUCCUGUCAGUCGGUGAGUUCAUCUGCAAACAUUUGGGUCAUCCAUCUGGUUCCAAGACAGCCGUUGCAUUGAGCCGGGUUACAGCCGAUGCCUCCAAGAUAUAAUAUAAUAGAUGUUACUAAUAUAUGAGUAGACAUUUCGAGUGGGGGAAAGAAGACCUGAUUCUUACAGGAAUAAAAGUAAACAAAGCCAUGAUUCCAGUGGCUGUAAUUUGUUAAUGAAGAAUUCAGUGUGUGUUCAAGUA